AUGUCCCCCAACUAUAUGCGGAGCUUCUCGGAAGGAUGCCUCAGGCCACCAACGGUAAUUGGCCAAUUCCACACUCUUUUCUUUGGCUCGGUCCGCAUGUUUUUCCUUGGCGUUUUGGGCUUUGCUGUUUAUGGAAAUGAGGCGUUGCAUUUCAGUUGUGAUCCAGACAAGAGAGAGGUUAAUCUUUUCUGUUACAACCAGUUCAGGCCUAUAACUCCUCAGGUGUUCUGGGCAUUACAGCUUGUGAUUGUACUGGUACCUGGAGCAUUUUUUCACCUUUAUGCUGCAUGUAAGAACAUCAAACAGGAAGAUAUCCUUCAAAAUUCAUUCUACACUGGUUUUUACAUCUUCUCUGUUUUCCUAAGGAUUAUCCUUGAAGCUGUGGCUUUCUGGCUUCAGAUUCAGCUCUUUGGUUUCAAAGUGAAUGCAAUCUACAUAUGCGAUGUGGGAGCACUAGAAAAGAAGUUUAACAUUACACGAUGCAUGGUGCCAGAGCACUUAGAAAAGACAAUUUUUCUUAUUGCAAUGUACACAUUUACUGUGAUUACAGUGAUCUUGUGUGUUGCUGAAAUUUUUGAGGUCUCAUGUAGAAAACUAGGUAUUUUUAAAAGCCAGUGA